AUGGGGCCUCUCGGAACCGCACUGCCAGACAUGUCAUAUAUGAACUAUGGCAACGCGUCUCCCCAAAGAUAUCCUUCUGGACCUUCGCCACCUGCGCAUUUAUAUCAGCUUCAAAGUAUGCCGCAGCUUGGUGGCCCUGCGUCUAUGAAUCCGCCUGCGACCAAUUUGCCAUAUAAUGUACAGUAUCAAGCUCCAUACCAAAGCAUGUACGUACCUGGUCGCCAAACAUCCGCGAAUUCGCAGUCUGGUUUGAAUAUUGGCAAUCAAUUUUAUCAGGGCCAGGCAUUUAUGGGUCAGGCACCUGUGGCUCCAUAUUUCAUACAACCUGGACAGUAUGCGCCCCAGGGUCAGAUGUAUUCUGCAAAUUCGUCAUCGGGACAAUAUGGCCCCAGAGGGUCAUUCACAGGAGACAACCGGCCGCUUCCACAACAGAGCAGCGGCGAGUAUCAAACUGGAACUUUAAUUGAUGGAGUGCAAAGAAGAUCAAGCAAUAUCGGUGAGCUGAGACUCUUAGAUCAUUGCCCGCUCUUCAAGGUCGAGCUAACACACCACUCAGCUUCAAGCACAUCACCAUCUUCGGUCGUUCGCGGCCAUGCAAUCUGGAUCGGCAAUCUCCCACCACAGACAGAUCUAAUGAGCUUAGUUUUGCAUGUGUGUAAGGAGACUUCUGGACUCGAAUCUCUUUUCCUUAUCUCGAAGAGCAAUUGUGCUUUUGCGAAUUUCAAGGAUGAGGCGAGUUGCUCUGCUGCGCAGGUGAAGAUCCAUGACUCGAGAUUCCAGACCGUGAGGUUGGUUAGCCGUUUGCGAAGGAGUUCGGUAGGGGCUGGGACAGGAGUAUCCGUUCCAAGAGGUCCUGCAGCUCUCACGCCCCCCUCCAACCCAGUGGUCGCGCGAAGUCCUUCUCCUAGGAGUGAGAUGAAAGUAGGAGAAUCAGUGGAUGGUAACUUAGAGGACGCCAGAGACGGCGAGAGUCCCAAAGCUCCGAAAGAUAAGUUUUUCAUUGUGAAGAGCCUUACGGUGGAAGAUUUGGAACUCAGCGUGCGCAAUGGGAUAUGGGCAACCCAAUCUCACAACGAGGAGUCUCUUAACAAAGCCUACCAGACCGCCGACAAUGUUUAUCUCGUCUUUUCUGCGAAUAAGUCGGGUGAAUAUUUCGGCUAUGCGAAAAUGAUAUCACCGAUCAACGACGAUCCAGCUGCAGCUAUCGAAUUUGCACCGAAAGCAACGACAGUGGAAGACCCUGAACUUCCGAAGGCGAUUCCCACACCAGCUACCGAAUUUACCCCCAAAGGUCGAAUUAUCGAUGACUCUGCAAGAGGCACGAUUUUCUGGGAGGCAGAAAGAGACGAGAUUGAUGAAGCAGAAGAGGAGGAGGAGGAGAUUGGAAGUAAUCGAAGCGACUCUGAUUCCGCGCCACCCUCCAAGGCAUGGGGAAAACCUUUCAAGCUUGAAUGGAUAUCAACUACGCGGCUUCCAUUCUACAGAACGAGAGGAUUACGAAACCCUUGGAAUUCCAAUCGCGAGGUCAAAAUUGCUCGAGACGGCACGGAGCUGGAGACAACCGUUGGGCAAAGGCUGUUGGGACUAUUUCACAGAUUACCAAGUCCUGUGGCACCAAACGUUCACGGACUGCCUCUGCCAAUGAUGGAUGGGUACCCAGCCUUGCGCCAAUUCCCUUAA